UAUCUUUUUCUAUAUAAUAUAAGCCAACUUUUGCAUGUGGCUUGUGUUCAUCAACACACAUAAAUACAAUAAACCCAUCAAUAAUAUUCACAUAUUUGGUAUAUAAAAAAUGGGAGAAUUCAGAGUGAGUGUGAUCAAAGAGGAAGUGGUGGCAGCCAUGCUUCCCAUGCAAGACCAUUGGUUGCCAUUCUCAAACCUUGACCUCCUUCUUCCACCGAUUGAUGCUAGCGUCUUCUUUUGCUACAAUAACACCGCAAUGCUGAGCUUUGGAUCAAUGGUGGAGUCACUUAAGAAUUCACUAGCUAAGGCUUUGGUUCCCUAUUAUGCUUUUGGUGGUGAGGUGGUGCAAAACUCCAUGGGUGAACCUGAGCUUCUUUGCAAUAACCGUGGGGUUGAUUUUGUUGUGGCUGAGGCUGAUGUUGAACUUCAGAGUCUUAACUUGUAUAACCCUGAUGAAUCUGUUGAAGGAAAGCUUGUUCCAAAGAAGAAGCGUGGCGUGCUUGCUGUUCAGGUAACUUGGCUAAAGUGUGGUGGAUUAGUAGUAGGAUGCACUUCUGACCAUCGAAUCGCAGAUGCUUACAGUACAAACAUAUUUCUUGUAUCGUGGGCCCAGUUGGCCCAAUCGACAGGGCUCACUACCUUAACUCAUCAACCUUGUUUUCGCCGCUCCCUCCUCAGUCCAAGACGCCCCCCAACUAUCCACCCUUCAGCUUCAAUUGACCGCAUGUAUGUUCUCCUCACCGACCACCUUCCUCCACCAGCUGAGCCCAAUCCCAGUUCCGAUCCCGGCCCAAUCAUCAGCCGCAUAUAUUUCAUCACUGUUGAAGAACUUAACCGCAUUCAGGCACUUGCAACCUCAAACGGUGCCAAGCCCACAAAGCUUGUAUCCUUCUCUGCAUUCUUGUGGAAAUUGGUUGCUACGGCUUCUGUUUCAUCCAAAGCUAUUAUUGAUGGUUAUAAUAACAAAAAGGCGAUCGUUGCUAAGAUGGGUGUUGUGGUUGAUGGAAGAAGAAGGCUGAGCAAUGGCGACAAGAAGAAGGAAGCACUAAUGAAUUGUUACUUUGGCAACGUGGUUUCCAUUCCAUUUGAUGGGGAACCAGUGGAGAAGUUAGUGGAAAAGACACUGAGCCAGGUGGCCGAGCAGGUUCACGAGUUCCUAGAGGUGGCAACAACGGAAGAACACUUCUUAGGGCUCAAUGACUGGGUUGAAAUACACCGCCCCGUACCGGCGGUGACCAGGAUCUUUCAUGAAACGUAUGAUGGGCCGUGUUUUGUGGUGUCUUCGGGAAGAAGGUUUCUUGAGUCAAAGGUUGAUUUUGGCUGGGGAAAGCCAAUAUUUGAAUCAUGCCAUUUUCCAUGGGGUGGUCGUUGUGGUUAUGUGAUGCCAUUGCCUAGCCCUAAAGGGAAUGGCGAUUGGGUGCUCUAUAUGCACCUUCACAAGAACCACUUGGAAUUCAUGGAGUCUCAUUAUUCUCAUAUAUUUAGGCCUUUAUCUUGGGAUUACCUUUCCAACCAAAUAUGACAUUAUUUGGUUAAUAACUACAUACUAAAAAUUAAUCA